AACUUUAAAAAAUGGCGGACGAUUCACAGGCAUUGAUGAACAAUAAACACCGAAGAUAACAAUGUAAUUUUAUCAAGUUUUGUAGCGAUAUAUUUAGUUUUGGUGAAUGCACUGCUCUCAGCAACUACUUAAGAAAAAGAAUGUCGUCUAAAGCACGCUCGUAUGACAGUGGAACUCUUGAAAAUCAGUUUCUUCUUCGCCUCCCUCAGAAACAAGGGAAUUUUCUUAGACAUGCCAUCAAUGCUGGAACACUGAAGGAUAAACUUUCAAUUGAGUUUCAAGGUGAUUACAGACAUGCAACUGUCAGGGUYAAUGGAAAGGCAUUAUCCAGUAAGCUAGUAGAUGUACCAUGCGUCAUUGAAUCUCAUAAGACUCUUGAUGGAAAAAGUUUUUAUAAAGCGGCUGAUAUAUGUCAGAUGCUGCUGUGUACUGAUGCUGAUAAUGACAGUCCAGGAGAUCAAGAUGCUAAACAUUCACACAAAAAAGAGACAAAGAAAUUCAUUUGGAAUCAUGGAAUAACUCCACCUCUUAAAAACAGUAGAAAAAGACGAUUUAGAAAAAUGGCAAAGAAAAAGGUAUCAGAAUCACCGGAAACAGAAAAAGAAGUUAAAAGAAUUUUGAGAACAGAUCUCAGUGCUGCUACUGUYACAUUUGAAGUUAUUAACGAUGAAGAAAAGCCAGACGAAUCUAGGAAUCUUAGUCUUCCAUCUGAUGCAGACUUAUCAGGAAUUCAUUCACCAUCUUCCUCAAAGAAUGACUUGUCACAAAUAGCAAAUAACAGUGACGAUGAAGAACGAAAUGCACUCCUCAAACUGCUACAAGAAGCCAGUAGUGACGAGGACGAUGAUGAAGUAGAGCAAAGCCAAGAAAAUGAMGAUGACGAUGAUGUUGACGUGGAAGGUGAUGAAAAUGAAGAAUUUGACACUGGUUUAAAGUCACAGAUUGAGGAUGCAAAGGAAAAGCUAGAUGAAAUCAGGAGCUCAAAAGCCCAACAAAUCGCUAGAGUUAAUGGAGCAGACAAUCCAUUCUUAAAGGAACGAUUUCAGAAAAUCUUGGAAGGUAUUCUUGUCCAAGAGAAAGAACAGCAACAAGAGCUUGAGAAACUUGAGAAAGAGCUUCUUGAAACAAGUGCUUAAACAGCUAGAAGAGUCAAUGUACAGUCUUUUGUCUAGAUGAUACCAGCUUGAAGAUCAAGACUAUAGUACCUUAAAGACAGUACUAUUCAUAUUGACACACAUUGAAUCAUUCGUACUUUCUGAUAUAAAACACCCCUUGCUACAACACGUCUUACUUCAUCAACUUAGUCUGGUUAGCAGUUACAGUUCUUCCUCUAUGAAAAGGGGCUUUCCAAAGUGGUUGAAAAGAGUUUUUCCAUUAAGAAAGGGUAAAUAGAGGGUAGAGAUGGAAAUUGGGAGUUUUUAUCACAGUAGCCUGAYAUAUAUAAGACGGUACAUUGUAAUCAUUGAAUGGUUGGCUGCAAUAGAGGUUUCACGGUAUUUCAAGAUGUUAUAUAUGCUGUGCACCAAAGUGCAACUGAUA